AUGGCCGAGGAACCCACUCGCUCGCAGGCGGGCACUGCUCCCCGGUGGCGCCUCAGGACUAGCAAGGUUUCAUUGCGCUCAAUUGCUAUGGCUACCACACAAGCCUCAGAAGCAGCGGCUGACAAAGGAUUACCUCUGGCAGUGGAUGCGACCAUGGUUGAUGAGUAUGUCUCCCAGUCAAAGUUGCUGCAAGAAUUUGUUAAAAUCCCAACUAUUGGCAAGGCUUGGAUCUUCAAUUCCAAGGAUGACGACAUGUCCAAAGCAGUGGUUUCGAUUGGCCAAACAGAUCUUUUGGCCAACAAGAGGAGACAAUUCCUUCUGAAUUCUCACAUUUCAAAGAGUCCAUCAAAGUCUGUCGAUUUCAAGUGGUCCCCCUUCCCGACUGAAAUAAGUGGAGUGUCAGCAGUAAUUCCAUCACCAUCUGGAGAAAAACUUCUUCUAGUACGCAAUUCUGAGGAUGAUUCCCCUACAAAACUAGAGAUUUGGGGCCCAUGUCAAUUAGAGAACGAGAUACAUAUUGCAAAAUCUGUUCAUGGAUCACUCUAUACUGAUGAAUGGUUUGGAGGGAUAUCAUGGAACCAGGAAGAGACUUUCAUAGCUUAUGUUGCCGAGGAGCCUCCUCAACCAAAGCCAGUGUUUAAUGAUUAUGGAUUCAAGAAGGAAGGCUCAUCCGAAAAGGACUGCAAGAGCUGGAAGGGACAAGGGGAUUGGGAGGAGACCUGGGGAGAAACAUAUUCCAAGAAAAGGAUUCCUGCACUGUUUGUCGUCAACAUAUCCAGCGGCGAAGUUCGACCUGUCAAGCAAAUACCUAGAUCAUUAAGUGUUGGCCAAGUGAUUUGGGCUCCGUCUUCUUCAUAUAGCUUGGUUUUUGUUGCAUGGUCAUCUGACAAUGGUUUCCAAGAGACGCCAAGGAAGCUUGGUAUUAAAUACUGCUACAACAGACCUUGUGCUCUGUAUGCUGCUCCUGAUCCUUUCAGAGAAGAAGCUGAGAAAUCAUCAACUGAGGGCAAAAAGGAUGAAACUACAACUAUGAUCAAAUUAACAGCAGACCUGAUCAGUGCCUUUUUCCCACGGUUCAGUCCGGAUGGGAAGUAUCUUGUGUUCAUUUCAGCGAAGAGUGCUGUAGAUAGUGGGGCACACAAUGCCACAAAUUCAAUGCAUAGAAUCGAAUGGCCUGCAGAUGGAAAAUUGGAUGGGAGCCUUGCAAUUGCUGACGUGGUGCCCGUUGUGAUGUGCCCCAAAGAUAACUGUUUCCCUGGGCUGUACUGUUUUGGCUUGCUUAGGGAUCCAUGGCUUACUGAUGGACAAACUAUGAUUAUAUCUUCUGUUUGGGGAAGUAGGGAAGUAAUACUUUCUGUAAAUGUUGUGAGCUGUGAAGUUUCAAGAGUUAGUCCCCAGGAUUCAGAUUAUUCAUGGAAUGUUCUUGCAGUUGAUAAGAACAACAUUCUUGCAGUUUCCAGCAGCCUUAUUACACUCCCUCAGAUGUACUAUGCGAUUAAGGUUCCUCAGACUGAAAGCAAUUGGGAGUGGCAGGAAGUUUCAACUCCUUUUCCAAAGCCAUCUGAUAAGAUCAGCUCCAUAUUAGCAGAACAUAAGUUCAGCAUACUCAAAAUCCCAAUUAGCAACCCUUCCGACAAACUUGCAAAUGGGGCUAAGCUUCCUUUUGAGGCUAUUUUUGUAUCGCAUAAGGAUUCUGCAAGUAAUCCAACAAUUGUUGUUCUUCAUGGUGGACCACACUCAGUUUACCCAACAAGUUAUUCCAAAUCCUUGGCUUUUCUUUUUUCGCAGGGAUAUAAUCUUCUUGUUGUCAACUACAGGGGUUCGUUAGGCUUUGGGGAAGAAGCACUACAAUCCCUUCCUGGCAAUAUUGGUUCUCAGGAUGUCAAUGAUGUAUUGACGGCAUUGGACCUUGUUAUAAAGAGAGGACUAAUAGAUCCAUCUAGAGUCGCCGUAGUUGGAGGUUCACAUGGAGGUUUCUUGACCACUCAUUUGAUCGGCCAGGCUCCAGACACAUUUGUUGCAGCAGCUGCUCGAAACCCAGUAUGUAACUUAUCAUUGAUGGUGGGUACCAGUGACAUCCCUGAUUGGUGCUUUGUCGAGAUUUAUGGAAAAGAAGGGAAAAAGUACUUCUCAGAGUCUCCUUCAGUAGACGAUCUUUGUCAAUUCCACCAGAAGUCACCAAUUUCACAUAUUUCAAAGGUCAAGACACCAACACUCUUUCUCCUUGGAGCGCAAGAUCUCAGAGUUCCUGUUUCUAAUGGCCUGCAGUAUGCAAGGGCUUUGAAGGAGAGGGGAAUCGAAUCCAAAACUAUUAUCUUCCCUGAAGAUAUCCAUGGAAUCGACAAAAUGGAUGCAAUGACAUCUGAAGAAUAUGCCUCCCAAUUCAAGUUACUGCAAGAGUUUACCAAUGUCCCAAGCAUUGAUAGUGCUUUGAUCCUCAAAACCAACAAUGAAGACAUAUCCACAGCAAUGUUCUCCAUUAGCCAGCCAGACCUACUGGCGAACAGCAACAGAAAAUACAUUUUGUAUUCUCAUAUUACAAGAGCUGGUACCAACUCUCUGGAUUUCCAGUGGUCUCCUUUCCCCACUGAGAUAACUGGAGUGUCUGUCAUUGUUCCAUCCCCUUCGGGAUCGAAGCUUCUUGUAGUGCGAAACGGGGAGAAAGAUUGCCCCACUAAGCUUGAAAUUGUUUAUCAAUCACAUGUGGAGAAGGAGGUACAUGUGGUAAAGUCUAUGCAUGGUCCUCUUUAUACCGAUGAAUGGUUUCAUGGUAUUUCUUGGAAUCAAGAAGAGACCUUGAUAGCAUAUAUUGCUGAAGCUCCAACCCAACCAAAACCAGCUUUCAGUCAUUCCGGAUAUAUAAGGGAAGGUUCUUCUGAGGCAGACUGUGAUACCUGGAAAGGACAGGGCAAUUGGGAAGAGGACUGGGGUGAAAGAUACUCCAAUAAAGGGAGACCCUUAUUGUUUGUUCUUGACAUUGCCAGAGGAGAAGUGCGAGCGGCUAAAGGCAUUUCAACAUCAUUGAGUGUUGGCCAAGUUGUCUGGGCUCCAGCAUCAUCAAGUGGCAGUCAAAAGUAUCUGGUUUUCGUUGGAUGGUUAGAGCACAAUGGGUUCCAGAACACUGCUAGAAAACUCGGUAUCAAGUACUGUUCUAACAGGCCAUGUGCUCUUUAUGCAAUUCCUUGCCCUUUUGAAGGAUCAGAGCCUGACAAUACACCAGCUAGUGAUGGUAAAUCAGACUCUGAUGUAGUAGUGCGCAACUUAACCACAGGCUUUAGCAGUGCUUUGUUUCCACGGUUCAGCCGGGAUGGGAAACUUCUGGUGUUUCUAUCUUCAAAACAAGCUGUAGACAGUGGUGCACAUAAUGCAACGGAUUCCCUGCAUAUAAUCAAUUGGCCUUCAGAAUGGAAAAUGGAUAAACAACUCGAUGUUAAUGAAGUGGUGCCUAUUGUAAUGUGCCCUGAAGAUGGCUGUUUUCCAGGCCUCUAUUGUUCAUCCAUGCUAUCCGAUCCUUGGCUCUCUGAUGGAUGCACAAUGAUAUUAACAUCUGCUUGGAGAAGUACUGAAGUGAUAUUAUCAAUAGAUGUUUUAAGUGGCAAAGUAACAAGAAUAACUCCGGAAGACUCGUAUUACUCAUGGAGUGCUCUUGCAUUAGAUGGCAACAAUGUUCUUGCUGUGUCAAGUAGUCCCAUCGACCCUCCUUACAUCAGGUAUGGACGCUCCGUGACACCAGAAGUUCAAGCACACAGAUGGACUUGGGAUGAAGUUACUAGUCCAUUGAUGGCAGCCAACAGUAAGGUUAAGUCCUUGUUACUGCAUCACAGUGUCAAUAUACUUAAAAUUCCUGUCCCUAGCCCUUCUGAUGACCUCUCUGAUGGUGGAAAACUUCCAUUUGAGGCCAUUUUUGUGUCCUGCAAGGAUAGUUCGCACAGUCCAACUGUUGUAAUCCUUCAUGGUGGCCCACACUCAGUGUCUGUAUCAAGCUAUUCAAAAUCUUUAGCAUUUCUUGCUUCGCUUGGAUUUAACCUGCUUAUUAUAAACUACCGAGGUACACCAGGUUACGGAGAGGAAGCUUUGCAAUCACUUCCUGGAAAAGUUGGAUCCCAGGAUGUUCAAGACUGCCUUACAGCACUAGAUUUCGCCAUUAAGGAAGAGCUGGUAGAUGCAUCUAAAGUAGCUGUUGUUGGGAUUUCGCAUGGUGGAUUCCUGACAACUCAUUUGAUUGGUCAGGCUCCAGACAGAUUUGCCGUGGCAGCUGCUCGGAACCCUGUCUGCAACCUGUCACUGAUGAUUGGCACCACUGACAUCCCAGACUGGUGUUACAUAGUGGCCUGCGGAACUGAAGCAAAGCAAUAUGCCUCUGAAGCCCCUUCAUCCAACCAUCUUCAUCUCUUCUAUCAGAAAUCGCCAAUUGCCCAUAUCUCUAAAGUGAAAGCGCCCCUUCUUAUGCUUCUUGGUGGAGCUGAUCGUCGAGUACCUGUUUCUAAUGGCCUACAGUAUGCGAGGGGCCUGAGAGAAAGAGGAGGCGAGGUCAAAAUCAUGAUGUUCCCAGAGGACAUACAUGAAAUCAAUCUACCGCGGUCUGAUUUCGAAAGCUUCCUCAACAUUGGAGUAUGGUUCAAGAAACAUCUGAAUGCAGCGGCAUGA